UUUUCUUUGUUGUUUUACGGUUAGGGAGUCAUGAAAGAUCCUAAUUUUUUGCCGUCAAAAUCUGUCUAACACAUAUAUCUUGUGCAUCGUACUCCUAGAAAUUUUUUUCGACAUGGAUAACACUGGCGAGUACUCCGAAUCUUGCAUCUCUGUCAUUUUUCCCCAGACGAAUAUGUAAUAUUUUCUGAUCAAAUAAGCCAAUCUUGUGCUCCUCUUGGUUCUGAUCGCAUGUUCAGUGCGUAGAAGAUGGGCGAAAACAAAUCCGAAACUUUGUAUUUUGAUCUGAAUACGGGAGCUAAGAUCCCAUCUGUUGGUCUUGGAACGUGGAAGGCUGAACCAGGCGUGGUCGGUCAAGCUGUCAUCGCUGCAGUCAAGAAUGGCUACAGGCAUAUUGACUGUGCAUCAGUCUACGGAAACGAAAAAGAGGUAGGGGUGGCACUGAAGGAACUAUUUUCAACUGGCGUAGUACAGCGUAGCGAACUCUUCAUUACAUCUAAGUUAUGGUGCAGUGACCAUGCCCCUGAAGACGUAUCUAAGGCACUGAGCAAGACUUUAGAAGAUCUGCAGCUUGAUUAUAUUGAUCUAUAUCUUAUACACUAUCCACUUCGUACAAAGCCGGGCUCAGUAGGUUUUGCUCCUGAAGUCAUGGUUCCAUUGUGCCUUCCAGAGACUUGGAAUGCAAUGGAAGGCCUGUACGCAUCUGGUCAGGCACGAGCAAUCGGGGUGAGCAACUACUCGUCUAAGAAGCUGCAGGACCUCCUUUCUUAUGCAAAAGUUCCACCUGCAGUAAAUCAAGUGGAGUGCCACCCUAUCUGGCAGCAACCGGCUCUUCACAAUUUGUGCAAAUCUGCUGGAAUUCAUCUGUCGGCAUAUUCUCCUCUGGGUUCUCCAGGGGUUUUGGUGAAGGGGGAAGUUCUGAAGGAUCCAGUACUGAAUGAAAUCGCCAAGAAACUCAACAAGUCAACCGCGCAAGUAUGUCUUCGUUGGGGCAUUCAGAGUGGACACAGCGUCCUUCCAAAGAGUGUAAAUGAAAGUAGGAUCAAGGAAAAUCUAAGCUUAUUCGACUGGUCCAUUCCCCCAGAGCUCUUCUCGAAAAUUUUGGGAAUCCACCAGCAAAGGCUCCUACGGGGUGAUUUCGUAGUCCAUGAGAGCUUGAGUCCUUAUAAAAGCGUUGAAGAACUGUGGGAUGGUGAAAUAUGACCUCUUUUAUUCAAUUUGAUCCGUAGAAGUUUGUCGAUUUUCUUGCUUUCUCUGCAACAUUUCAGAUGGAAGAAACUAUAUUUCGUAGUCUGCGAUCUGCUUUUAUAAUUCACUUUCUUAUUGACUAAAUAUUAAAUUUGAAUAAUGGCAUGCAUUCCAUGAA